AUGCAGGCGGAGCGGGGAGCUCGGGGCGGCCGCGGGCGGCGGCCUGGCCGCGACCGGCCCGGCGGAGAGCGUGACCGCGAGCGGGCCGGCUCCUCGGCGGCCGGGACGAGAGGCGGCUACGGAGACGGAGGCGGCCGCCGGGGUCGGGGCCGCGGCGGCCGGGGAGGCCGGGGAGGCCGAGGAGGAGCUCCCCGGGGCGGCCGCCGGGAUCCGGCAGGCCGGGGCGGCGGACCCAGCGGCCCGGUUGGAGAUGACAGCGAUGCAGAGUCUUACGGAGAAGAGAAUGAGGAGCAGGGAAAUUAUUCUAAAAGGAAGAUCGUCUCUAACUGGGAUCGAUAUCGAGACAGCGAAAAAGAGGUCGAUAAUGAAAGUGGAGAGUCUCAGAGGGGCACAGACUUCAGUGUCCUCCUCAGCUCUGCAGGGGACUCCUUCUCACAGUUUCGGUUUGCUGAAGAGAAAGAAUGGGAUAGUGAAGCUUCAAGUUCAAAACAGAAUUCGGCAUUUUAUGUGGAUAGUGAGUCCCUGGUUCGAGCUCUUCAAGAACUGCCCCUCUCCCUGCGGCUCAAUGUUGCUGAGGAGCUGAUCCAGAGCACUGUUCCUUUAGAGCUUCCGCAAGUGAAACCAAAGAGACCCGAUGACAGCAAGGGCCUUGGGAUGCAGUUAAAGGGACCCUUGGUCCCCGGAGGAAAGGGGUCCCUCUCUGAGCUGCAGUCUGCCACAGCCUCCUCCCCGAGGCCCCAGGCUCCUUCAGUUGGUCCUCAGAAACCUGCUGAGUCCAUGGCAGACCCCUUGGAAGAGGAACUAGAUCUGUUGCUCAAUUUAGAUGCGCCCCCAGCAAAUGAGGAAGAUGACUUCCUAGGCAAGCCAUCUCACGACCUGACGUCUGAGGAAGUUGAAGAGAUGGCCCAAGAUGAAAAAGUUCUUGCGAAGCCAUCUGGGACCGAAGAAACGAAUGUGCAAUCUGAGCAAGCGAGUACAUCGAAGCGCGUUACCGAGGAGGAGCUGGAAGACUGGUUGGACAGUAUGAUUUCCUAACACAGAAGCCAAAAAAGAAAAAGUGCCUGAAGACAAUGUCGGUUGCCUUCUCAGUGAGUGCAGGGGUGGGGCUGGCCUCCUGGAGCAGCUGGUUACAGGGAAGCCCGUGGCCAGGGUGCUCCAUUACACUUAACUGCAGCCAGUGCCUGACCUCUGUGCUUGACAACACCUGAAAUCACACACUGUAAUAGGUGCACUGCAUUGGUUUUCGGGAUUAAUGAUGUAUUAGGCUGCCUAGUGCCCUCUGUCCCCAGCCUUCUUCCUCUCAGUGUUUACAGCUAGCAGGUGCUGCUGCUGAAGGAAAUAGAUGCAAGCAACAUUGGCCAAAAUAAACAAACCCUGGUCUGUG